GCCCUGUCCCCAGCAGGAACUGUGUCGGUAUUUGACGUUAGGUGCUGCCAGAGGAAUAACUGAGGAGGGGGCAUCUGCGUUAAGGAGUCCAAGAUGUGGUAUCCUUAAGUGAUUGUAUUGCAGUGAAGUUAGCAGUUGGAGGAGGGCUGGAAUAAACAAAGGAGCAGAGAAGGAAAAAAAGCUCGAAGAAACCUUGAGUCCUCCAGGUGGAAAGUCAGAGGACUCCAAGAUAUUGUCCUUCUUCAUACUGGAGGUCUGUAGCCAGAUAAUUCUGAUUUACCCUGACAGGAGUUUCUAAGAAUUUCAUGUCUCUUUGAUCAAAUCUGAAAGAGAUAAAUUUUUCAUUUUCUCAAAGAAAAGGCAAAAAAGUUGUAGCCAGUGGUAUUUACCAUCAUGGAGACCAAGAGCCAUAACAAUCUUCAGGAAAGACCCACACCCUCUAGUAAUGGGAGGGCUUCUGUGGAAGACAAUGAUCUGAUAAAAGCUGUUAAAGAUGAAGACAUUGAGCGGGUCAAGCAAUUGCUAAAAGAAGGGGCUGAUGUCAAUUUCCAGGAAGAGGAAUGGGGCUGGUCACCUUUGCAUAAUGCAGCAGAAAGUGGCAACGGGGACAUUGUGGAUCUUCUGCUUAAUCAUGGUGCUAAGCCUUGCCUGCGGAAGAAGAAUGGGGCCACUCCCUUCAUAGUUGCUGGGAUUGCUGAAAAUGUGAUGCCGCUCAAACUUUUACUUCCUAAAGUAGCAGAUGUCAAUGAGUGCGAUGUUAAUGGCUUCACAGCUUUCAUGGAAGCCGCUGUGUAUGGUAGAGUCGAAUCCUUAAGGUUCCUGUAUGAGAAUGGAGCAAACGUGAAUUUGCACCGAAAGGCAAAGCAGGAUCAAGAGAGGAUUAGGAAAGGAGGGGCCACUGCUCUCAUGGAUGCUGCUGAAAAAGGGCAUGUAGAAGUCGUGGAGAUCCUCCUUCACAAGAUGCAGGCAGAUGUCAACGCCAGAGACAAUAUGGGCAGAAAUGCUUUGAUCUAUGCUCUUCUGAACUCCGAUAUUGAGAAGGUGAAGGCCGUUACUCGCCUUCUGCUGGGCUGUAACGCUGAUGUCAAUGUGAGGGGGGAAGGAAAGAAGACACCCCUGAUCCUGGCAGUGGAAAAGAAGAACCUGGAUUUGGUGCAGAUGCUUCUGGAACAAAAACAUAUAGAGAUUAAUGACACAGACAGUGAGGGCAGAACAGCAUUGUGGUCCGCCGUGGAACUCAACCUGAAGGAGAUCGCCCAGUUGCUGUGCCACAGAGGAGCCAGCACAGAUUGUGGGGAUCUUGUUGCAAUAGCGACGCGCAAUUAUAACCCUGACCUUGCAAAGUUUCUUCGCCAGCAUGGAGCUGUAGAAGCUUUUCGCCCUCCCGCUGAAGACUGGAAGCCUCAGAGCUCACGCUGGGGGGAGGCCCUGAAACAUCUCCACAGGAUAUACCGCCCUAUGAUCGGCAAACUCAAGAUCUUUAUUGAUGAAGAGUAUAAAGUUGCUGACACUUCUGAAGGGGGCGUCUACCUGGGCUUCUAUGACGACCAAGAGGUAGCUGUGAAGCGAUUCCGUGAAGGCAGCCCGCGUGGACAAAAGGAAGUCUCCUGUUUGCAGAGCAACCGAGCCAACAGUAACGUGGUGACAUUCUAUGGCAGUGAGAGUGAAAGGGGCUGUCUGUAUGUGUGCCUCGCCCUGUGUGAACACACGCUGGAGAAGUACUUGGACGACCACAGAGGAGAGGCUGUGCAAGACAGGGAAGAUGAGUUUGCCCGAAACAUCCUCUCAUCUCUAUUCAAGGCUGUUGAGGAACUCCACCUGUCUGGAUACACUCACCAGGAUCUGCAGCCACAAAACAUCUUAAUAGAUUCCAAGAAUGGUGCUUGCCUGGCAGAUUUUGAUAAAAGCAUCAAGUGGACUGGAGAUCCACAGACAAUCGAAAGAGAUCUAAAGGCCCUGGGACUGCUGGUCCUAUAUGUGGUAAAUAAGGGAGAGACUUCUUUUGAGAUGCUGAAGGAUCUAAGUACUGAAAAGUUGAUUCAGCGUUCUCCAGAUAAGGAAACUCAGGACCUCAUUCAUCACCUGUUCUUCCCUGGGAACAAUGUGAAGGACCAUCUACAUGGCCUGCUGGGUCAUCCCUUCUUUUGGAGUUGGGAGAGCCGCUAUAGGACCCUCAGGGAUGUGGGAAAUGAAUCUGACAUCAAAACGCGAAAUACUAAUGGCAAGAUCCUCCAGCUUCUUCUACCUGGACCAUCUGAAGCUUCCACAAGUUUUGCCCAGUGGACAACUAAGAUUGACAAAUUUGUGAUGAAAAAAAUGAAUGAGUUUUAUAAAAGGGGCAAUGUCUAUCAGGACACUGUGGGUGACCUGCUGAAGUUCAUCCGGAAUUUGGGAGAACACAUUAAUGAAAAAAAGAAUAAAGAGAUGAAGUCAAAAAUUGGAGAACCUUCCCAGUAUUUUCAAGAGAAAUUUCCUGAUCUGGUCAUGUAUGUCUAUAUGAAACUACAGAACACAGAAUACAAAAAGCAUUUUCCAAAAACUCACAAUCUAAACAAGCCUAGGUGUGAUGGAGGUGGUGGUGGUGAGCAGGCUGGCCAGCCCUAGUGCCUUUUGAAUUCAGGGAAGUACUUUUUUGCUGUGAAAUCCUGGGUGAGUCACAAUUCUCUGGGCCUCUUGACUUCUUAAUUUCUUUUGGCCAUGCCACGUGGCAUUCGGAAUCUUAGUUCCCUCACCAGGGACUGAACCUGUGCCCCCUGCAGUGGAGGUGCAGAGUCCUAACCACUGGACCGCCAGGGAAUUCCCUGGGCCUCUUGACUAACGUGGUUGCUUGUGAGUGAUGAAUUGGAUAGCUGAUGUGUCUGUUCCUGGUGCAGUGCUCAGCAUUCUCCAUGUUUACAACCAAAAAAACAUGCUCAAACUGCUCUAGUCCUUUUUGUGGGUAAAGCUUAGUGGCAGGAGCUGGGAGGGCAUCCUACUGAGAUUCCUCUUGUUGGCUGCACCAAAGGAGUGAGUUCCUAGACCUCUAAUGCUUUAUGUUUUACAUCAAUUAUCUCAUGUAAUUCUCCCAACAACCUUGCAAGGUAUGAUUAAUAUCCCCAUUUAGGAACUGAAGAGCCUGAGAGACUCAGGGGAUUUGAACUAUUUGCCCCAGGUUAUACAACUUACACAGAGCACAGUAUAAAUGGAUGUGGUAUUAUUGUUGCCUCUCAUUCAGUCACCUUAGAACUUAAUUACUAGCUCAGAGCUCUUCUGCAUGAGACCCAAAAGGAAUAGGUCAAAUGGGCUCUGGGUGGCUCAUUCAUUCAUUCAUUCCAUUCACUCAUUCAUUCAAUAUUUGUUGAGUGCUAACUAGUAUGAGUCUAAGCACCAAUGGUAUGAAAUGCAUUCCUUCUAGAAUCAUCUGUGCUGGUUUUCUAUGACCUUCAGGCAGUAUUUCUCAACUGAAGGCAACCUUGCCCUUCAGGGGCCAUUCGGCAGUUAAAGUGACUGUCAAAGCUAAAGGUACUGGCAUCUAGUAGACAGAGGUCAGGGAUGCUGCUGCACAUUCUAUGAUAUGCACAGGAUAGCACCCCCAAAACACAGAAUUGUCCAACCAAACAGAAUUAUCAGUGGCAUUGAGGCUGAGAAACUCUGCCUUAAGGGGCUGUGACACCUUUGAACUGGCUGGGAGCCCAGGACUGUGGCUUGUGUGGCCCACCUCAGAGGAGUGACUCGAGUUUGACGUCUUGCUUUUGGAUCUAUAGUGAGACAGUUCCAGUGUCACCUCGUCAGGAAGUCCUCUGAAUGCGCUCACUUUCCACACCCAGGUCUGAGUGUCCUCUCCAGCUCCCUAGCACCCGUAGCCACGUCAGAGCAUGUUUCUCUUGACCCAGAGCCUGACUCUUACCCUCUGGAAUCUAAGCUCCGUAGGGCCAAUGAUAGACGUACUUUUUGAUGUAUAUCGUUAACAGCCUAGCAAAAUGUCUGCCACAUGGUACUGAUCAAUAAAUAUUCAUUGAAAAAUAAAUGAUCCAUCUUCAUACAUAAGUAAUAAUGCUAGGUUACAUUUUCAUGGUGUUUUAUAGUUUAUAAAUUACACCUGCGUAGUCUAUCUCUUAGUUUUCACAAUAAUCCUGUAAAAUGAGUGCUGUGAUCCUCAUUUUGCAGAUGAGGAAGCUAAGGUUAGAGACAUGUUGAUUUACUCUAAUGCAUAGGGCGUGUCACUGUCUUAAUUUGAAAAGAUUUUCUGUCAUGAAGUCUGAUGUUCUUUCCAUUUAUGCUCACUGUGGUGGUGGAGAUGAAGCUUUGUAAUGAGAGGAGCUGGGAAAAAAAACAGUGUCUUAGGUUCUUUCUGAAAAGGAGGUGGUCUCGACUUCCCUGGCGGUCCAGUGGUUAAGACUCCAAACUUCCAAUGCAGGGGGUGUGGGUUCGAUCCCUGGUCAGGAAAGUAAGAUCCCACGUGCUGCGCAACCAAAAUAUUAAAAAUAAAUAAAUAAAUAAAUAAACAAAUAAAUAAAGGACUUCCCUCGUGGCACAGUGGUUAAGAAUCUGCCUGCCAAUGCAGGGGACACGGGUUUGAUCCCUGGGCCAGGAAGAUCCCACGUGCUGUCGAGCAACUAAGCCCGUGAGCCACAACUAUUGAGCCCACAUGUCGCAACUACUGAAGCCCUCAUGCCUAGAGCCCGUACUCCGCAGCAAGAGAAGCCACUACAAUGAGGAGCCUGUGCACCACAGUUAAGAGUAGGCCCCACUCGCUGCAACUAGAGAAAGCCUGUGUGCAGCAACAAAGACUCAAUGCAGCCAAUAAAUAAAUAAAUAAAUUUAUUAAAAAAAAAAAGAAAAAAAGACUUGGUGCUCCCAAUGCAGGGGGCACAGGUUUGAUCCCUGGUUGGUGAACUAAGAUCCCACAUGCCACAGCACAUGGCCAAAAAUAAAUAAAUAAAUAAAAUAAUGAAAUGAGUGUCACUGAAUGAAAUUAAUGAGUGCUGGAAGGAACAAACUUAAGAAUUUACUUUAAGGUUUUAGGAGCAGCAAGGUUGCUUUAAGUUUUAAAAGUAAGAUUUGUUUUUCUGAUUUGUAGUGAGUACCUGUAUAUGACAAUCAA